CUUCGAUCAAGCAGACAAGCUUGAAGCAGAUUGGCAGAUGUAGCAUGACAUCAGUGUACAUACUGUAUGUACUUCAACUUGAAGUUGCAGCAUUACGUCUGAAGAGGUUGCAAAUAAUCCUUUGCCCUUAUUGUGCUGAUAUUAGUGUAAGGCGGCUCUGCUCUUAGGGAUGUCGGAAGCAGCGAGAAAGAGGAAACGGAAUGAGACGGCGAGGUCAGAGGCUGCGGGGAGAAGCGCCGUCGCUGUUGCACCACCAAAAAGAUAUCAACCCCCAGCGAGCUUCAAGCAGAUAACAGACAAGCCACUAGUGCCGGCAGAGACACUACAAGACAAUGGGACGGAAGUGUGGCUGAUCCAACUUCCACCACAGCUUGACCCUACUUCCCUUGAUGGCGUCACCUGGAAAGUCCGCACUCAUGUCGCAGACGGAGAGCUUGGGCAUCUGCAGUCAUCCGAAGGCGACUCAUACUCAAUAACGGCCGAGCCUGCAGCGCUAGCAAAGCAGCUUUGUGUGGUCGCUCCAAGCUCAGGGGAAGGCCGGAGAAGCUUCGUGAGACAAUGCGAUCGGCACGUGAGUCUAGUUAAACGCGUGCCAAAAGCAGGUCACGAGGAUCGGCUGCCCAACACCCCCGCUGCUCAGAUACUGGGGACAGCUCAACACCGGUCGAUACAACCCACUGCGGAAACGGACGGGGCAGAAAGGCAACUAGCGGUUGCUGAAGGGAUUUCAGCAGAGCCCUCGACCAAGAAAAAGAAGAAAAAAAGGAGGGCGACGGAAGAGGUGCCGUCUUGACUGCGACCGAUGAAGCCCAUCACAGUUGACUGGAAUACGAAAGAUUGUAGUCCUGACAAUGUUUCUGCUGCUUUUUGCUAAAAUGAUCCAAACGAGUUCCUGCACCAAUUUAUGCGGGUGUGCAAUUUGAACUUUGACUGCCACGUCCA